CGUCCACAUCACACAAAUAAUGGGCGUGAGCAGAGUGUUGGCCUGGGCUACAGUGGCCUUGGCGUUGCUGGCGGCGCCUUGUGUCUCCCAGGGCGGCUAUGGCGGCCACGGCGGCCACGGCGGCGUUAAGACAAAGGUUGCCGCAGCUGUAGUCGGGGGAGGUCAUGGCGGCGGCCAUGGCGGCGGCUAUGGAGGCGGCCAUGGCGGCGGUUAUGGUGGUGGCGUUGGACAAGCUGUUGUUGUACAUGGUGGCGGCGGUCAUGGCGGUGGCUAUGGCGGCGGUCAUGGCGGCGGAUAUGGUGGUGGUCACAGUGGCGGAUAUGGUGGCGGCCAUGGUGGUGGCUUUGGCGGCGGUCAUGGCGGCGGAUAUAGUGGUGGUCAUGGUGGCGGUCUAGGCGUCGCCGUUCAUGGCGGUGGAGGCUAUGGCGGCGGCGGCUAUGGCGGUGGAGGCCAUGGUGGUGGUGGCUAUGGCGGCGGCCUUGGUGGUGGUCAUGGUGGCGGCUUCGGCGGAGGCCACGGUGGAGCUGUAAAAGUUGUUGUCCAUGGUAUCACCGGCGGUGGUUAUGGUGGUGGAUUUGGUGGAGGCCAUGGCGGCGGCGGCGGCGGCGGCGGCGGCUAUGGUGGCGUUCAUGGCGGCGGUUUCGGUGGGGGCCAUGGAGGCGGCUAUGGUGGCGGUGCUGGACAUGGUGGCGGCUACGGUGGUGGUCAUGGAGGAGGCUAUGGCGAUGGCGGUGGACACGGCGGCGGCUACGGUGGAGGCUACGGCGGCGGCUACGGUGGGGGCCACGGCGGCGGUGGUCAUGGUGCAGGCGGAGUCACGGUGGUCACGCACGGGAAAGGCAAACAUAGGAAGUAAACGGCGACUUCAGUGGCUCAAAGAAA